AUCACUCUACAUCAAUCUGCACUCUGCAGACUGCAGACAUCAUGGCUGCAAUAUCUUGUGUUGCACGGCAAUUUACAUGUGCCAAACUUCUUUUUCGAACUUCAACACCAUGGAAUUUCCAAAGAAUCGCAGAAUAUGCAAAACCAACUGGAGGAGUGGGUGGGUUGGGCGCCAAAAAAGCCGGCAAGGGUGCUGGUGGAAAACUGGGCUCUGUUGUGCAAAAGAUAGUUUUACCUGUUGAAACAGAUCCAGUAAAGCUAGUCAAUUAUGUCUGUGGCAGUAACAUAUUGAAAGAAGGGAAAGAUGUUGAGUUGAAACCAGACAGUGAAUAUCCAGACUGGCUGUGGUCAAUAAGAUUAGGUAAUCCUCCUGCACUGGAAGAUAUGGAUCCAAACACCUUGCAGUAUUGGAGACGACUGAGAAAACUUAGCCUUCGCAGACAAUCCAAGUUGAUGUCACUCAGGAAAUACUAAGAAUAACCCACACAAGUAUACUAGCUAUUCGUUUUGAUUUUCAAAUAAAAAAAAUUUAAAUGGUC